AUGACAGACGAUAUAGACGUUGAGGCCAUGCUUGAGGAUCACUAUGCUCGAGAGGGCUAUUCAAAGUCAAAUGGUCACCGAAGACGUGGUCGGUCGCGUUCCAGGGAUCGAAGCAGAAGACACCGCUCACGUAGCAGAAGCCGAGAACACCGACGGGACAAAAAGUAUGAUCCUGAUCGGGGACGGCACGAGCGCCGUCACAGUUCACGUGACCGGGACCGACAUCGGUCAGGAAGAGAUGGGGAACACAAGUCUUCUCGGAGUGAAAGACGUCACAAGUCUCCUGAACUCACUCCAGAGGAGAGGGAUGCAAGGACAGUUUUUGUAUGGCAACUUUCUGCUCGUAUUCGACAGAGAGACUUAGAAGAUUUCUUCACUUCUGUUGGUAAGAUCAGAGACGUGCGUUUGAUAAUGGAUAACAAAACAAAGAGAUCAAAAGGAAUAGCUUAUGUUGAGUUUCGUGAAGUAGAGUCGGCGCAGUUAGCCCUUGGACUUACUGGCACUCGGCUGCUGGGUGUCCCGAUACAAAUUCAGCAAAGCCACGCUGAGAAAAAUCGAGUCAAUGCUACUCCUUCACUACCUCGUCCAACUCAACAGAACAGAGGCCCCAUGAAGCUGUACAUAGGAUCUCUGCAUUAUAACAUAACAGAAGAAAUGCUGAAAGGCAUCUUUGAACCAUUUGGGAAAAUCGAGGAUAUAAAGUUGAUCAAGGAUCCGACCACGAACCGUUCUCAGGGUUAUGGGUUUGUAACCUAUGUGAAUAGUGAUGAUGCCAGAAAGGCAUUGGAUCAACUAAAUGGAUUCGAGUUGGCAGGGCGACCGAUGAAGGUAAAUCAUGUGACGGAACGUAGUGAGUAUGCCUGCCUUAGUGCUCUGGACAAUGAUGAAGCAGAUCGUGCCGGCGUGGACCUAGGCACAACGGGCAGACUGGCUCUAAUGGCGAAACUCGCCGAAGGAACUGGCUUAGAAAUCCCGAAAGCAGCCCUAGCUCAACUACACAUUGGUCAAAAUAACCCCAUUUUGGGGUCAGCAGGCAGUGUCAGCUCGUCAUCUGCUAUCGCUCCCCCUGUAUGCACUCAGUGCUUUAUGCUCUCCAAUAUGUUUGAUCCCCACGUGGCCACCCAUAUGGUUUUCGAAGAAAUACGAGAUGACGUAAUAGAAGAAUGUACGAAAUUGGGUGGGUGUCUUCACAUUUUCGUGGAUCGUACUAGUGCUCAGGGAAAUGUUUAUGUCAAGUGUCCUAGCAUUGCAGUUGCCACUCAGUGUGUAAACAUGUUACAUGGUCGGUACUUCUCCGGUCGGUUGAUCACAGCAGCCUAUGUUCCUUUAAUUAACUACCACCAGUUAUUUCCUGAUUCAGUGACAGCAAAAACACUGUUGCAACCUUCAAAUUGA